GAGAAGAGGUGUAAGUGGAUGACAGGCGGAGCCACGGUCUGGAGCAGAGUCUGCGUGUCGCCUGACCGGAUGAUGACUGACUGAAGUUUUAUCACUGUUGUUUUCUAUUCCGUCUUUUCUAUUCAUUUAAAUAGCGCGUCACUGUAGCCCUGUUAUUUAGAAUCUAGUUACUGAGCCGAACUCAAAUCUGACAACAAUCACGUUUUAACAGUCGACUUGACUUUUACGCUUUUUCCGUGAAAGGAAACUCCAGUUCGCAAGUGAGAGAGCGCAAAGAUCCGACCCAAUUCUCUCUCGGAGUCUUGUCUCUCUCUCCCUGUCUCUCCGAGAAUCCUGAGUUGAGUCCGCCGGAGAGAAGAGCAGCAGCCAUGGGGAACCGGGGUAUGGAAGACCUUAUUCCCCUCAUCAACAAGCUCCAGGACGCCUUCAGCUGCAUCGGCCAGAGCUGCAACCUGGACCUGCCGCAAAUCGCCGUGGUCGGAGGGCAGAGCGCCGGGAAAAGCUCCGUUCUGGAGAAUUUCGUUGGAAGGGACUUUCUACCCCGGGGCUCUGGUAUCGUGACCCGAAGACCUCUCGUCCUUCAACUGGUCAACAACCAAGCAGAGUAUGCUGAGUUUCUUCAUUGUAAAGGUCGUCAGUUUGUGGACUUUGAUGAGGUGCGUUUGGAGAUUGAGGCCGAGACUGAUCGCAUCACUGGGUCCAAUAAGGGAAUCUCUGCUGUUCCCAUCAACCUCCGAGUCUAUUCCCCUAAUGUGUUAAACCUGACUCUUAUAGAUCUACCAGGGAUGACUAAGGUAGCGGUGGGAGACCAGCCAGUCGACAUCGAGCACCAGAUCAGAGACAUGCUGAUGCAGGUCAGAGACUGUGGUUACGGUCCCAACUGGCACCCUAUUCCCCAAAUGGCACCCUAUUCCCUAGAUAGUGCACUACUUUUGACUAGAAUGGCACCCCCUCCCAAAGUGAAAUGCCAGACCAGAAUAUGGCACCCCAACAUUGCUGAGACGGGGGAGAUCUGUUUGAGUUUGUUGCGGGAGCACUCUAUCGACGGCACAGGCUGGGCCCCUACCAGAACGUUGAAGUGUGUGUGUGCGCCGUCAGUACCUGCAGCAUUGUGUGUUGGUCCACAGCUUGGCUCCUACCCCAGACUGAGAGAAGAGACGGAGAGAAUCGUCACAACCUACGUCAGAGAGAGAGACAUCAAAACCAAAGACCAGGUGCUGCUGUUGAUUGACAUUGAGCUGUCUUACAUCAACACAAACCACGAGGACUUCAUUGGCUUCGCAAACGCGCAACAGAGGACCACUGUUACUGCUGCUAUUAACAACAAGAAGAGAGUGAUGCCAAACCAGGUGAUCCGGAGGGGCUGGCUCACUAUCAACAUAAGCAUUAUGAAGGGGGGGUCCAAGGACUACUGGUUCGUCCUGACUGCAGAGUCACUGUCCUGGUACAAGGAUGAGGAGGAGAAAGAGAAGAAGUACAUGCUGCCUCUAGAUAAUCUGAAGCUGAGAGACGUGGAGAAAGGUUUCAUGUCCACAAAACACACAUUCGCCAUCUUCAACACCGAGUCCAGGAACGUGUAUAAGGACCUACGUCAGAUAGAGCUGGCCUGUGACACACAGGAGGAUGUAGACAGCUGGAAGGCUUCGUUCCUCAGAGCUGGAGUUUACCCUGAGAAAGACCAGGUUGACAGUGAGGACACAGGACCAGCAGAAUCCUUCUCUAUGGAUCCCCAGCUGGAGAGGCAGGUUGAGACCAUAAGGAAUCUAGUGGAUUCCUACAUCGGCAUCGUCAACAAGUCCAUCAGGGAUCUAAUGCCCAAGACCAUCAUGCAUCUCAUGAUCAACAGCGCUAAAGACUUCAUCCAUUCUGAGUUGUUGGCCUACCUGUAUUCCUGUGGGGACCAGGGCAGUCUGAUGGAGGAGUCAGCUGACCAGGCUCAGAGGAGAGAUGAGAUGUUGAGGAUGUACCAUGCUCUGAAAGAAGCCCUGCUGAUCAUAGGAGACAUCAGUACAACCACAGUGUCAGCUCCUGUACCUCCACCUGUAGACGACACCUGGAGGACCAAGGAACCCAGCCCCCCUCCUCAGGCCAGACCAGCCCCGGCCGCUGUCCCCCCUCCUAGUCGCCCCCCGGCAGCAAGAGGCCCCACCGCCGCCCCUCCUCCCUCCAGUCCCCAAAACCCAGCUUUCGGGGCGCCCCUCAUCCCCUCUCGACCCGGACCCCCACCAGUCAACACCUACAGUGCAGCGGACCCUGUCGUCAAUGUCCCCCUGAUCCCAUCUCGCCCAGCCAGGGUACCCCCAGCCCUGCCCCCCGGCAUACCCAGAAGACCCCCAGCGGCCCCAGGCCGGCCCACCAUCAUACGCCCUUCAGAGCCUUCACUGCUGGACUAGACAGACAGACAGACAGACAGAAUGAAUAAUUACCACUCCUAAUGUCCUUUGACUACAAAGACACACUUUGCGUAACGUUGAUGUUUUAUUCACUAACAUGAUUCCAGACUGUCUUUCAUGUAUUCUCUCUUAAUAUUCAUAUUGUCAUGUUAUUGUUAUUUCAUGUAUUCUCUCUCUUAAUAUUCAUAUUGUCAUGUUAUUGUUAUUUCAUGUAUUCUCUCUCUUAAUAUUCAUAUUGUCAUGUUAUUGUUAUUUCAUGUAUUCUCUCUCUUAAUAUUCAUAUUGUCAUGUUAUUGUUAUUUCCAUUUAAGCAACACUAUGUACUUUUGAUCACAUAGUUUUUUUGUUAUAGCUUUGUUACAAUGUUUAAUACCUUCAAUUUUUCAAAGGGAUUGAGAGAGAGAGAGAGAAAUGAAACAUACAUGUUUCUGUUUAACUCUAACUUACUUUAAUGAACUCCGUUCAAACCGGUGGAUUAGACAGAAUUUCAAAUCAAACAGGUUUAAAAUAUGGAACAGAUUUGGAAGCAUUAUUCCAUUGUUUUAAAUAAGAAAUACACUCCAUAAUUAAUAACUAAAUACUCAUAGUUCUUUAUACUGUUUGAAAUGUUUCUAACCUUCUUACUGGAUCAUAUGUACAGUUGUAUUUUUAGAUCUGAUCUUCAAUAUGCACUUCUUUAUCUAUGCAGGAAUAUUAUAGUAAGUCCUUUCCAGCUCGCGGCUUUUUGAAAUUCAUUUGGAUGAAAUGCUAAUUAUGCUAUAAAAUGAAUUGAUUUCAA